CAGCGUUUAUUUUAUGCUGAAUCGUCAAGGCUGGGGGUCAGGUGAAAACGGUCAGCUGAUCGUCCUCUCAGUGGCAGGAGCUGGCGAUACAGUGUUCUUGGAAGAAGCGUGAAGUUUUCUGUGAAAAGACUUGUGUAUACAGGACAACUGGUGUCCGACGGUCCACGAGCAAAAAGAGCGUUCCCAGAAAGCAGGCAUGGUGUCAGAUGGAAUUCUUUCACGGAUCUCAGUCGGUGCAGUUAACGAUGGAAAUUUCAGCUCUCUAUGUCCCAAUGGAUCUGUUUGGGUUUGGGAAGGACUCGGGGAGUGCUCACAGGAUGCUCGAGACAUGGCCAGUGUUAUCCUUGGCCUGCUGUCCAUAGUGUGUUUUAUGAUAUCAUCGCUCCCACAAUACUACAGUUCCUGCCGUACAGGUAAUAUGGACCAGGCUCUGUCCAUUUGGUUUCUGUUGCUGUGGUUGUCAGGUGACACAUGCAAUCUGGUAGGAUCUUUUCUUGCUGACCAGCUGCCCCUACAGACAUAUACUGCGGUUUACUAUGUGUUAGCAGACAUCUUGAUGCUGGGACUGUACAUGUACUACAAGACAAAGAACAGGUUAAGCGCCAACAAUGGCACUUUGAAUGCAUUUGGUGUGCUUUGCCUCCUGGGGAUGUCCAGUCUUGUUGCCCUUCCAGGGUCGACUUUGGACAAGCAGGUAGCACCUGUAGCGCAUGGCAGCCGAACAUUACUUUCAGUAUCAGAGGAGAUCCCUACGUUGGAGCUGACGUCCUUCACUACCAGGGAGAUCAUUGGCUUCACCAUUGGGUCCGUGUCCUCUGUUAUGUACCUGUGCUCUCGGCUACCUCAAAUCUACACUAAUUACAAGAGAAAGUCCACAGAAGGUGUGUCCUUCUUCCUGUUUGCACUGGUCAUCCUGGGGAACACGACCUACGGCCUGAGUGUGCUGAUGAAGAACCCGGAAAACGGACAAGGGGAGGUCAGCUACGUGAUCCACCACCUGCCCUGGCUGAUUGGCAGUCUUGGCACACUCUGCCUGGAUGUAUUCAUCUCUUUGCAGUUCAUGACCUACAAUGGCAAGCAUCGAGACUCGGUCUCCAGUGAUGAAAAUGCACCUCUCCUUGGCAACUAAGACCAACUGUCAGACUAGACUGUAGAAACCAAAUUUAUUUUAGUUCUUGCUUUUAUUUUUUUAAUCAUAUUUAAGGGUAUUAUGUUUUUAUAUUAUCAGACUUGACUGGUAAUAUUCUAUGGGGAGUAUAGAAGUUUUUUUUGCCUUUUAUAUGCUCUUAAUUGUUUUAAUGUUGAAAAGGGACCUCAUUAAAAAUGAGAAUUCUUGUGAAGACAGCGAAACAUUUGCACAAAGCCUUUUCUGAUGACUCUAGUUACGUUAGUUAAGUAUUUUUAAAAUAAGAGUAAGGUCGCCCUCCAAUGGUUUACUCUUGUACUACUCACAGGAUUGUUAUGACUGGCCCACAUUGUUCUCACUUUUUUUCUUCAUUUCUCUCUGUUUAAUCACUAUUUCCAAUGACUUUUCAAUUAUGUGAUGCAGUAUUGGUACUGUAAUUUUAUGAAUGUACUUUAACUAUCGUCAUUGUAAAGUUUUUCCAAUGAUCACGGAUUGUUUACAGAAUUGGUAGGAGUGAGGGAAGGUGAACUGCUUUGUUUCCCAUUUUCAUAGAUAUAGAUAUCUAUAUCACACACACACACACACACACACACACACAAAUGCCUUGGAAUAUUUGUCAGAAAAGGUCGCACAGAACUGUGUACUAAAGAUUUUUUUGAGACCAACAUGCCUUGCUUGAGUUUUUUUUUUUUUUUAUUUUUUUCCCCCCCUUUCUUGAAUUUCCAAAAUUGAAACAAAAUCGAUCUUCUGGACAGACCUCCCCCUAAAUUUUGAAGUGUGUAUGUUUAACAGACAUGUUUCACUCUGAUGAACCCAUGUGAACAUCUCUGCAUGAAUGUUUGGUCACAAAACCACACGGAGCAUUACAGAGUUUAACAAGUUUUCUUUACUGUAAACGCUGCAUUAUUGUAGGCACAUACUGUCCCCGCUAAAGACCUUUGAUUGGUACAUAAUUGGUACAUUAGCGAUUGCUGGAUCAUAAUGACUGUAUUGCUGGUUUUCUGUAAGGCAGUCUUAAUACAGGAUGUUCAGUCAUUAUACCAUUAAAACAAGUUGGCGUCAUAAUGACUUCAUACAGAAAGGU